UCUAUUACACACAUCAGUUUAUAUUUAUGUCAAGUCCAGCGCGGUUCAUUUAUUACUCCACACCACACUGGUUGUGCUGCUGCUGCUACUUGUGCUACUAGCUAGUGUGUCGUCUCUCUAAUCUAUUGCCAAGAAACACAACAGACAACAAACUAAUAACCAACUACCUAAUACAGCAAAGUGGAAGACAAAAUUCCAAAUAUUUAUUUAAAAAUAAACUUUUCUUCAUAUUCCACACAACAACGCAACGCAACGCAACACCACCAACUAUUGUGCAAAAAGACAACAACAAGCUAAGAUAGAAAAGAAAAAUACACAAAUCAUCGCAACUUAAGUUGAAGCAAUUUACAAAAUAGAAAAUAUCGAAAAGUGAAAAGUUUUUUUUUUAUUACGAAAAUGCAUUUCCAGAAUGUGAAUAAAGCCAUUUGGCCAUUGAUUUUUAUCAUCGGUUUAAUUGAAAUAACAGGCAUUGAAUCGCUGGAGAAUCAGCCAAAGGGCAAACAGGAUGUUGCCUCAACGGAAUUCGACUACAGCGAAGAAGGUGAAGCCGAGGCAGCCGCCUCGAACAAUGGUGAACCAUCCUCUAAAACAAACCCAUACUUUGAAACUGAGCUUAAUGUGGCCUAUGCCACUCAUGAGGGAGAGAAUGUGACCGUAAAAUGUUCGCCGAAAAAAUUCAAUCCCGACAAGCACAUGAUAUUAUGGUACAACAAUGAAUCGGCUAUAAACAAUGGAAACAUAACAUUGAUGGCUGACAAAUUUAAUGUGGAUAAAAAUUAUAUGCUGACCAUUUAUAAUUACAACAGCAAAACUCUGGGCACAAUUGCGUGUGAAGCGCAGCCUGGUAACUCAAGACAAACUGUGAAAAUUGAAUUGAAGGCGCCCGAUAAUAUAUCCGAAAAGAGUGCUGCCAUUGGCAUCAAUAUGAACUAUGUCUUGGUCAUCAUUUCAGCAACGAUAAUCUCAACUUUUAAUCAUUUGUAUUAGAUUAUUGUCAAUCAGCAAAGACAAAACCAUUAGCAGCAACUACAACAACAGCAAAAAGAAAAACAAAAAAAAAAACAAAAGUAGCAGCAGAAAAUAAGAAUGUGAUCUACCGAUUUAUAUUAUUGUAAACUAUAUUUAUGUAUAAAGAAUUGAUUGAUUUGUCUGUUUGCCUGCCUGUCUACCUGUCAGACUGCCUGUCGGGCCCGGAUUGUGCAUGGGGGCUUGUAAGCAUGCGCAUAUCAUAAACACCACGAACAAAAAAACGCAAAAAUUACAAAAAUUAUACGAACAUGAACAUUGAAGAGGCUGAGAAAUAUCAUCAUAUCUCCAGAAAACAUUACCACUACCACCACCAACCAAUGAUGUAUUGAUACUUAUACAAGAACAACUUAACUAAAAAAAAAAACCAACAACAUGUACUUAUCCAACACUAAGCAUGGUUAGCAAAAUAGUUUUAUUCUCUGCUCCCUCUCUCUCGCCCUCUCUCGCUCCUGCUACCUAUACCUAGGCCAUCAGUUGCGAUUGAAAAGUGCUGCCAAGUUUUUGUUAAGCCUCCAACCCAUAGGAAUAAGAAGAAGAGCAAUGCGUGAUAUGCAUGUUUAAAUCCCGCCUCAAUUUGUUUAGCUGCAUACAAAAUUUUUUAUUAUAUUAUAUAUAUUUACUAUAUAGGGUUUUGUUUUAUUUUUUUUUUUAUUGUUUAACAAAUUAAAUUUGUAGAAAAACUCAAGGGCCAAAAGUUUACCAUGCACCCUUUUAGUGGGUUACAAAAUUGGUAGUCGAAAUUUCAUUCUUAUGUAGUAUGUAUACAAAAUUCUUUCCAAGCAUUUUUUGCAUUUUUAUGUAUACCAUAUACUUUAUUUAAAAGCGCGCAAAUUGUUGUAAUACUUAGUUUUAUAUGAGAAUUCUUCAGUUUUUGGUUUGUUUUUUUUUUUUGUAGGAUUUUCGAUUUUUUUUAUACGAAAAAAAAACCUAUUUUGUGGAUUUUGCAAAAUGAAGCCAAAGUUAAAUUAGAGUGCCUCCAUAGAACUUUUCAAUGUACAUGCCUACAUACAAGCAUAAUUACCUACAUACAAAUACAUAUACGUAUAUGUGUAACAAAAUAUAAGUUUUAAACAUUUUUACAUUAUAAUACAAAUUAAAUUUACACCUAUCUACAAGCAUGCCUAAAACAACAUACAAACAUACCAUACACACAUACACACAUACAAACAUACAUACAUGUAAGAUGGGGAAAAAUGAUAAAUAAAUCAACAACCAGCAUGCAUGCAUAAUUACAUAUAAUAUUGACAAGAGAAAAGAAAAAACAAACAAACCAAUCAACCAACCAAACAAGCAAGCAAGCAAACACAAAGUGCAAACCACCCCAAGUCCCAGUGUUAUUUUUAGUGCCUGCCGCCUUCUAUGCGUUAUUAGAACUUUAAGAGAGCUAUAUAUGUAUGUUCUUUGGCCAUAUGACAGUGUAUACUCGUAUGUAGUAGUAUGAUGGCAUACGCCACACGAAAAUCUAUUGUAUACGUAUGGGCAUCCAUCCACACUCACACCAGAUGUGAUGCAUUCAUAUUCUAUGUCAUAUGCUGCACCAUAACAUAAGUUUGUAAUUUAAGAUUUGAAUUUAAAGCAGAAGAAAUCAACGAAGAUAUAAAUCUUGUUUUCCCUGUAACGCCCCCCAACAACAACAACACAAAAUAAAACGAAGAAAACAAAAGGAAAUUCCCUGAAGAUAUUUAAUAAUAAUAAUAAUCCAUUGGUAUGUUAUUUGUAGAUGAAUACAACGUCCGACUUAAUAAAAUCUAUUUAAUAAUU